CGGCUUCGAGGGGCGUAGGGGGAGGAGGGGGAGGCGAGACGAAGAGGAGGAGGAGGAGGAGGUAAUGCGAAGGGGGGGGAGGAGGUGAGAUCCCUCGCCAUGGAUCCUCCUUUCUCAGGAUUUAUACUUGACCCUGCAAAGUGCCGCAAGAUGACUAUUGACGAGAAGAGGGAACUCGUUCGCGAACUGUCAAAGUGGCCGGAGAGCGCCCCGGAAAAGCUGCAGAGUUGGAGCCGCCGCGACCUCUUAGAGAUUCUCUGUGCCGAGCUGGGGAAAGAAAGGAAGUACACGGGACUAACCAAGCAGAAAAUGAUAGAGUACCUUUUCAAAGUUGUUUCCGAGAAAAAAACUGAAGAAAACGAAGAAGAGACAGAAGAUGCAAAAUCUAACCCUCAGACCCCCUUGAAAAGAAAGAGGAAGAAUGAUAACCCAUCGCGCCUACCCGUUGCUUCUCAGGAUAGCUUGUUGACCGAAGGCACUGACACAGACACUGAAGCGGUGACUAAUACGCGAUACUGCCAAAACUCAGCUUGCAGGGCUAUGCUUAACCAAAACGAUGCGUUUUGCAAGCGCUGUUCCUGUUGCAUUUGCCACAAGUAUGAUGACAACAAGGACCCUUCACUAUGGCUGUUUUGUAGCUCAGAUGCUCCAUACGAAGGUGACUCGUGUGGGUUAUCGUGCCAUCUUGAGUGUGCUCUUAAGCAUCCAGGCACCGGAAUUGCAAAGAGUAGGCUGUGCAGAAAGCUGGAUGGGAGCUUUUACUGCUUACACUGUGGGAAAGAGAAUGACUUACUUGGGUGCUGGAAAAAGCAGCUUAUGGUAGCUAAAGAUGCUCGACGAGUAGAUGUUCUUUGUUACCGGAUUUCUCUUAGCCAUAAACUUCUUAAGUUCACAGAAAAGUACCGAAGCUUGCAUGAAAUUGUGGACACAGCAAUGAAGAAGCUCGAGGCUGAGGUCGGCCCUAUAACUAACAUGCCAAAUAUGGCACGUGGGAUUGUAAAUAGGCUUUCUGUGGGUGCCGAAGUUCAAAGAAUGUGUGUGCGUGCAGUAGAGUCUCUAGAAGCUAUGCUUUCUAAUGCCUCUUCAGAUGAUCCUGAAAUACCUUCACACAAUUCGGUACCAUCAAAUCUUAUCAAAUUCGAAGACUUACUAUCAACAUCUGUUACUGUGAUGUCAAGUUUAGAGGAUUUCACAACAUUUUCUCAAGAUUUAGUUGGUCUUAAUGUGUGGCACCGCAGAGCUGAAAUUCCUGACUAUCCCUCAGAACCGACGUGUGCUAUUCUGAAGCAGAAGAAAAGAUUUGUCAUAAAAGAUCUCGCUCCUGCCACAGAGUACAUGUUCAAGGUAGUUGCCUUUAGCGACAGUAAGGAGUUAAGCACAUGGGAAGUGAGAAUAAAAACCGAAAGCCCUUUGAAGGACAAUACAAUGGUCCUAGCGCAAGGAGAAGCUAUAAUUAAGCCGUAUUGUGGAAGCUCGAAAACAAAUAGUAGCGGUCUAUCUAAUCCUGUUUCGGAUGGAGAUGAAUCCAACAAUAACACUGCUACCUAUACUGAUCUUAACAAGUUACCGGAUAACUAUUCUGAGUACUCCGAGAACCCUGAGAAUCAUUUGACAGAAAAAAUAUCUGACCACCAUGGUGAAAACAACUUCUCACAAAAUGCACAAAUGGGUGGCGUAAGUGGAAUAGAAAGUGUUGCUGAAGAGCAGCAAACACCUGGGCCAUCUGGGUCGGCUUUGGAUGAGGAGCCCAAUUCGAUGAUCGAAACAGGUGUGCAGAAAGAUUCGACAAACUCUGUAGAACACAAGUCGGAAAAUGAUGCGCCUAAUGGAAAUGACUUGAUGAUUGUCCCACGUGGGCAUUUCGACCCGACCCUUCCUGCCACUCCCCAUAGGCUAGAAAAUGGCAAAGAAGCUUGUGGAAGAAGCCCUAAAUCGAACCCAGGAAGCGAUCUGCUCGAGAACGGCUUAACAAAGCCGGAAAAGGAACCAGGGAGCUCGUCGAAGAAAAGAAAGUGCGAAGAAAUGUGCAAUAAAGAUGGGUCCUUUGAAGGGGCUUAUGAGUAUUGUGUUAAGGUGGUUAGAUGGCUAGAGUGUGAGGGGCACAUCGAGACCAGCUUUAGAGUGAAGUUUCUAACUUGGUUCAGUUUGCGAGCGAGCCCGCAAGAGCGGAGAGUCGUCAGCGUUUACGUCGAUACUCUUAUCGAUGAUCCAGCAAGCCUCGCAGGGCAGCUGGUGGACAGCUUCUCAGAAGCAAUUUCCAGCAAGAGGCCUCAAACAGCGCCAACAGGGUUCUGCAUGAAGCUUUGGCAUUGAGACACGAGGAGAUAUUAGUAUUAUAAUUGUCUGGGUAAUGUUUGAGCCCAAUUCUUUGGAUGCAUUAUUGUUGCAUUGAUUCUUCAUUUUGAAUGCUCAAAAUCAAGUCUUUGAGGUCAAUUUAUACACUAGUUCAUUGUUAUCAGUACUUCUUUUGUAUUUAUAACAGUAGAAUUAAUUUAUGGAUCUUCUCUUUCCUUUUC